CGUUGCUGUGCGCUGUGUGAUCUGCGCGCUGCGUGUAUGGAGGAAGCAGCUGCUGAUCUGAUCUCUGACAUUGUGUGAACACAGACAUCUGAAUUAAACAACUCAGCGGCUUCGAAAACACACUGGACCGGGACACGACGUGCAUGAGUAUCUCUUCGAUUUAAUGGGUCCAAUCAUUGGGAUGUCGCCAGAUAAGAAAACGGAAAUUCCGGGUAUGCAAGAAGAGCGAUCAGGGCUCAAAGGCAUUUGUGGUGUGGGGACACUGCCAGAGGCAGAGUGCGCAUCCAGUCCACUGGCGACCAAUGUGGACCAGACCGGUGGCACAGAAGAUGAAGAGCUAACAAACCUCAACUGGCUUCAUGAAAACCUGCUUCAGAACUUUACCCUCGGGGGGCCCGAGGCUCAGCCCAGCGGCAGCCCUCUUUUUGACAUAGAGGGAGACUACGGGCCCAACCAGGGACCAUCGUCGUCAUCGUCCUCAUCGCAUGGCAGAGGUCGAGAGAGGGACUCGCUAAAGUCAAAACCUCCCUUUUCAUUUUCGCUCCUCAUCUACAUGGCCAUUGAGCAGUCUCCUAGUAAGUCUUUGCCCGUGAAGGACAUCUACGGCUGGAUUCUAGAGCACUUCCCGUAUUUUUCAAAUGCCCCCACUGGGUGGAAGAACUCUGUGCGUCACAAUCUAUCCCUGAACAAAUGCUUCCGCAAGGUCGACAGGAGUUUAGGAAAGACCAAUGGAAAAGGUUCUCUCUGGUGUGUCGACCCCGAGUAUCGUCCCAACCUGAUCCAAGCCCUUAAGAAGCAGCACUUCCCUGCUGCGCAUGCCUUCUGCACACCACCGGCCUCCCCACCCAGUGCCUCCUCACCCCCUCGCCAUCUGUUUCUCCAAGGCUGCUCAUUUAAAGAGUCUGAUAUUGAUGCUGCCACUGCCAUGAUGCUCUUAAACUCUGCCCCAGGGCACCACGUUGACCCAUGUGAUUCUGACAGCCCACUUGACCUCUCCAGACCAGACUCAGUCCUGGUGAGCAGCGAUCCAAAGCAGGACCACAACUACAGCAGCGUGGCCCUGCAACGCUGCUCCUCCCGCUCCUCCUCUUCAUCCCUGUCAUCCUUAGACGAAGGGGGCUGCGACCGUAGGCAGUCCCACCGCGCCGGCAGCGAGGGCUUCCACAGCGAUGAAGACUCUGACCUCUGGGACGAAAGGGGUAUGCACGAAACAUCCCGACGCCCACCUGCCAUCAAGUGGCCGGCCGUGAAAAGGGCAAGACAUGAGGUCAAGCAGGAGCUAGAUGAGGAGCUAAAGGAAGCCGCCGGAUCUUUGCUGCACCUCGCCGGGAUCCGCGGCUGCAUGGAGGGUUCCAAACGCACAGUCAAGAGCACAAAACUCAGCAGGAAAUGAAAAUUUCCACCUAUCAGACUCCAGACCCUGUGACCGAUCACCCUUGACCCCGAUAGUGUGUCCCAGUGUGCCUCCUUCUCCUUUUCUGAUCAUUCAUCGGCCAUUUUGAGCCUUUUUUUGUUCGGGAUUUCCCAGUCCAACAAAACAAAUGGCAAUAGUGUCGAUCACACAGGAGAACAAAGCCAUAUAGAGACCUUUGUAUCUCGGGGUGACUGCUGGUGUAGGUGAUGCCUAUCCAAAAUGACCUGCCUGCUUCUGUUGGAUCAUACGAUUGUGAUUAAUCUUUCCUCAAAAGACAAAUUAAGACACACUGAAGGGUUGUCUAACUCAAAGCGUUGCAUGCUUCCUCCUCCAACUUGUAUCCUCUUCCAAGUGAAUCUAUUUAAGAAGCAAAUGAGUGCAUGUUUGUAACAGACGAAAUCUAACCUCCUGUCGUAUUCCUCUUCGUCCGAAAAAUGCCACUUUUUUUCAAUGAACUCUUGCUCUUCGGAUCCUCUUCUUUAAGAGAUGCAAUAAUUAAUCCAUAACCUUAACCUUUUGACUAUAUUACGUGACACCUUUUUUUAAAGUUAAGUAAGCUAUUUGAAGCUGACAAGUAGUGUUAUGAUCCUAUUAUUACCCUUGAGCUCCUGCUCCAUUUCAGGAUUAUCAAGCUGUUGGAAAAGUAUUACAUUGCCACUGCCAAAUUAAGUUGCAAUGUCAGCUAUAAUGUUAACUGCCUUUGCAAGAUGUAAACCCCAGCUUUUUAUUUUUAGACCAUUGUUCAGCCCGUUUUUCGCCUUUUGUCAAGUCUUUUCGGGCAGAGAAUAUUCCACGUUUUGGUGACUAUGCAAAAUCUGAUUUACGUCACCAGAUGUUGAAGCUUGAGCUGCACUUCAUUCCCACCGCAUUCAUAGAGCGAUUGCAUCUACAGUAACAACAUACCUCUUUAGCAUCGUGGUCGAAGGAAAAGCUGUCUUAUUUACAGGAAAAGAGUAGUUGUUGCACACUGGGUUUCUGCUAAACGACCAUCGACGGAGGGGAUCUUCGUCCAGUCAAAUAAAUUUCAGAACGAAAAGUCAUGUUUGUUUAAAAAUAGAUGCAUGUGAUUAAGUGAAUGAAAAUGUUCACACUCGACCAUAAAGUAUUCCACUUAUAAACCACAAAUAUUAUCCAAAUUACAGGUUGUUCCUCUCUGACAUGAACGUGUUUUGGUAAGAAUGCAAUUCAAUGUUACUGGAUUUCCCCUCAGUUCAGGUCAGCCACUCUUGAGCUUUUUCCUCUUCCUCACUCGAACAAAAAUACGGAAGUCCUUGCUCUUUUCUCAAGCUGUGAAACGGUGUGUUUACUGUCAGUUGAUUUUUAUGCUGUUCACCAAGGAAAGGGGAAGUUUAACAGCCGCUUGUUUAGGGCUUUUCAGGAGAUCCGCCUGGGUACUUGUGGCAAACAAUUGAAGGAAAUGAUGAUGAACACAAUGUAACUCUUCCCAUUGGGGGGGGGCAAGAAAGGCAAACCUUGAUUACGACGCUUGGUAAUAAUCCAUUUAAUUAAGUGGUCGGUGCCAAGCAUUUUAAUGUGCCACUGAUGUAAAACGAAAAAGGUCGUGAGCUUUUAAUCCCCUCGAUGCCACUUGACAUUUAUGAUUUUCGAGUCACUAUUGCCGUGUUUCAUGAGUGGGAAAUGGAAGAGGAAUUGGGACAGUGUAGACUGUGACUCACUUCAGGAGAGAAGGCUGACCGUGCCACCUGCAUACACUGGUUUUGUUUAGCUGUGAAAAAAAGAACAAAUGAUUGUUCAUAAAUCAUAACCUUAUUUAUAACAAUAAUUUAUGUGAAAAUUGAAAGGAGACUCUAUCAAACACUGGUCACUGACCAGGCACAUUUAUUUCUCUCCCUGUGUCUUUCUGUUUUAAUUCUGAUAUUAUUUAACAGCAAUAUGCCUGUGUUCUCGGUGUUUCACUUUAAUUGCCAAUGUCUACCGUCUGUUGAGCGGGUGUUUUUACUUUGUUUUACUUGUUUGAUUCUAACCCGAACUGCCAGGUUUUCUUGAUAUGUUUGUUUUCUGCUCUUAUGCCACAUAGAAGAUGUUUGAUUAACUUUGGUCCUUCUUUUUCUUCUUGGUUUUGCCAAAUUUGUUCUGUAAUUCUGGUGUGUCUUUUGACAGAAAGACACGUGUGUACUGCUGAGUUGAUCAUUGUGUAUUUGUUUUGUAUGACAUCCAUGUUUAGAUACAGCCAUUCGAUUGGGUUUAAUUUCAACCUAGUUAACUGCCAUUCUAAAUUGCGAGUAUUAUGAGUUGCCAAAACUGUUGUUGUGUCGACCGCUGCAGCAUACAACCUGCAGGCUGCUGCUCUUAAGUUUCAGAUCUACAUUCAGGGAUAACUGAAGCGACGAGAUGAAAAAUUAAUUUCUUUCUGUAGCACUUGCAAGAAAAAAAAAGGUUUAUUUUAACUUCAGUUUCACAGAGAUAUUCCAACAAACUCUUGUGUAAUCGGCAUCGACUGAUUUACAGGACUCACGAAAUCUGCAGUUUAUUCGGGUAUACUUUAGAACAGGGAUUGUUUAUUUGCAUUGACAAAGCUGCCAGCCCAGUAUCAGUAACUUCUCUGCCAGCUUUAACCGGCAGACUGACCCUUUUGGUUUUUGUAUGCUAACCUCUGUUGAUAAAAUGUUUAUAAGAUUUAUUUUCGCCAAAGAUAUGCAAUUGCAUUAUAUAUGGUAUUACAAAACUAUUAAUAAAAACCUG